AUGUUCAACUCUUGGUUUGCCUAUAGUGGAGAAGGAGUCGGCCCGCCACCAUUCGUCAAGACCGCAUACGGAAGUCCCUUACGAGUCGCCCCCGAUAUGGUUGGACGGGUACCACCGAACGUCCCCGGUGCACCCCGUAACGCGCAAUAUGCCAAGCAGUCCAGACAUGCACCUGCGGAACCAUCACAACUUUAUCACCGAUAUCAAUACUAAGU